AGAUCCAGAAUUUUUAUUUAAUUGUGUUGUUUUUAUUUCAAGUAAGACUCAGUGCGUAAACAUGAAUGUUGAGUUGUUUAAAUCUUUAAAUGCGGUUCUUAAUAUCCUAAACUUUUCACGUACGUCGCACGUAAUGUUAAAGGAAUCUAAAUUGAUAAGAAUUAAGGAAUGCAACGGUAUCAAUAUUCUGUCAAUCUAUUGUUUGCAGCAAGAGCAGGAAAUUAAGUUGACCAAGGAAAAUACCGAAAUUAUUUUGCGAUUGAGGGAUGCGAUGGAAGAAGAUAUUCAGAAGAAAAUUAUGUACGUCCGACCCGCUGCGUUGCUCCAGGUCUGUAAGAUUUCGAUGUUUCUUGGGAAAGAAAUGCCGUUACCCAAAGACACAAACAUAAAUGAUGUUAAAGAUUAUUUGGACCACAUCGAAAUAAAGAAAUUGAAAGACAAUAUUCCAGUCACAGGUACUUGCUUAAUAGCAGAUUUGAUGGUUAAAGCACUCAGUCAAUUGGCAAGAGGAUGGUUAUAUUCAUCGUCUGAAACCGAGUCUGAAGACAACAGACCGAGGACUGAAGACAACCGACCGAGGACAAGGGCAUUCGUAGCGCGUGAAAGAACAAGACGUAGAUUAAGUUAUCAGAAAUAAUGUAUGUAAUA